AAUGAGACAUCACUUGCUUUAACACAACAUCAUGUAUUUCAAAUCUUUUUGUUUUUCGUUGUCUCUUCUGUCUUUUGCGCUUCUUUCUCUUCAUCUCCAUGCUUGGUCGUCCCAUUUAUACUCAAAAACAUGUAAUAGAGGAUAUAUAGCACAAUGAGCAACAAAGCAUAAGAGUAAAAUAAUUAUUGUGAAUACUACAACCAUACAGCCACAAAGCCCAACAUAUCAGACUGACAGCCGCACGGCCACAAAGCCCAACAUAUCAGACUGACAGCCGCACGGCCACAAAGCCCAA